CAAAACUUCCAUGUUUUGAAUUUGGGAUUCUUGCAGCUUGCACGGUCUCCCUCCACUUUUUAUUAGAAACCCUACUUACUCGGCACCUGCGUGUUCCUGUUCUGCUCCUUCUUAUUUUGAUGGGUUGGACUCUGCUUUUUUGGCUUCUAAUCUGUUUUCCUCUCAACAUUGCCCUCCUCGCCUCCACUUUCUACCAGGUUUUGAUCUUAACAGACUUGGAAGCUGAUUACGUCAACCCCUAUGAUGCUUCAUCUCGGAUCAAUUACUUCGUCCUUCCUGAGUUUAUUGGGCAGGGGCUACUGUGCGCCCUCUUCCUCUUCACAGGGCACUGGUUCAUGUUUUUGUUGACCGUGCCCCUUACUUGCUAUCAUGUUAUGCUGUAUGUGAAGCGGCAGCAUCUCCUUGAUGUCACCGAAGUGUUCAGGGUACUUAAUGCUGAGAAGAAAUAUCGGAUUGUCAAGCUUGCCUUCUACUUAUCUCUCCUCCUCAUCACGGUAUUCAGGCUUACGUUAUUUAUUGUGUACUAUUUAGAUCUUGAUGAUGACUGAUGAUUCUUCAUGUAACCACUUUUUGAGCAAUAUAGCAAUCACUCUAGAUGCUUAUUGCCAGACAUGUCUGAUCCACUCACCUUCUCAUACUGCCCGCCCAACUGUUCUCCACCCCCAAAAUGAUUC